UUGGAUGAGCAGAGUCAACGGAGUACCAUCUUGUUUCGACAUAACAUCUUUGUUUUCAGCAAGCCAAUACUGUACAGUUCGUUCCCGGGAGCAGCAUAACUACGGUGUUUUACCUAUGAAACCAUUGUGUUACACUACUGUGUUCCUAUCUUCUGGCAGCCCAAAUUUUUCUCCCAGGCUGACAACUUGAUCGGUUAUGGGGAGCUGCGGGACAUUUGACAACACGUCAACAAGCGACUCAAUCACACCCCAGCGCAGGCCUGUCACGUUUGACAUUUCCGCCGCUGUAGACUUAGCUUCAAAGCUAACGUCAAGAUAGCACCGGAGCUGUGCAGAUCACACGCGGAGAUCGUUGAAACAUUAUGCGGGCACAAAACGUCAACACAAUUCAAAUGCAAUCGAUGCAGCGUGCAUGAAAAACUUGUCUUCCAUGCGGAGUUUUUCCCACUAGCUCCCCGGCAAGAGUUAACUGGUGCCACCCAAGUUCACUAUUAUGUUACUAUCGACCAAAAGCCGUCUCCUCGAAAGAGGAAGAGUUUUGCUGCCUCACAUAUUUAAAGGGAGCUGCGUCGACAUGACGCUUAACUCCGUUUCUGGUAAGAGGCUGCGGGUGCUGGUUGAUAUGGACGGCGUUCUGGCAGACUUUGAAGGGGGGUUCUUGAAGAAGUACCGGGCGAAGUACCCGAACGAGCCAUACAUUUCCCUGGAGGACAGGAGAGGCUUUUGGGUGUCCACGCAGUACGGAAGACUCCGGAGUGAUCUCUCUGAGAAAGCCAUCAGCAUCUGGGAGUCCAAGGACUUCUUCAGUGAGCUGGAGCCCCUCCCUGGCGGGGUCGAGGCAAUCAAGCAGAUGGCCGAAAUGGACAACACAGAUGUCUUUAUUUGCACCAGCCCGAUCAAGCAUUUCAAGCACUGCCCUUAUGAAAAGUAUGCGUGGGUAGAAAAGCAUCUGGGCCAUGACUUUCUGGAGCAGGUCAUCCUGACCAGAGACAAGACGGUAGUCAGCGGAGAUAUCCUUAUCGACGACAAGCCCGAUAUUUUAGGCGUGGAGCCCAAACCCACCUGGGAGCACGUUUUGUUCACCGCCUGCCACAACAAGCACCUUCCCAACGGCCCCUCGCAGAGACGCCUGCUGUCCUGGUCGGACGACUGGAGAGCCAUCCUGGACAGCAAAAGGCAGUGACGUCUUUCAAUACAAGCUCCGGGGGCCCGAUAUCACCAGCAGCGUUGCCUUCCAUCUGGGUGCAGACUCGAGGGGACACGAAGCCAAGAAUCGAUUGAACCACACGUCACAUUCGUUGAACUGUCUUACCCUCAUCGACCACAAGUGGGCGCUGUAAGACUGAAGCAUGUUUUCAUCAAGUCCAACAUACUGUACUGUCAGAAAUAGGCCAGCUCAAUGUCAAGAGGUUACGUACUCCGCAAGAAAAGUGGAUUAACAGUUAACAGAUGUUUGCAGAGGCGCAUGAAUAAACCACUAGACAUAUAACAUUCACUCGGUUACACACCAAUAGUCCACCUAUGAUUUUUUUUAAGGUAUGUGUGCAAUACACAAACAAAAGAAAACCUAUUUUCAAAAGACUAUUUUCUUCAUUUUUGGUGCUUCUUUUCCUGUGUUCAUUUGAAACAUCUAUGCGUUGAAUUAACAAGGGUUAUUUUGUUGUCAUUUUGUCGCACAGUCAAGGAGUUGAACAACUGAACAGAAUCAUUUAUUGAGAGUUGCGCAGAGCAAUGCAUGCGGUGCUGUUAGUUUAGAAUAAGAGGCAGUAAAAUAGGACGGAUUAUUUUUGAAGAGCUUGGCAACUACAUUUGAAGACGUGAUUUAUUGGUUUGAGAACUGAAUUUUGCUAUCCUGUGCUUUACGUGUUCUGUUUUUAUUGUUUUUGAACCUGACUAAAAAAAAAAAGAUCUAAGUACUGUAACAUGUCAUCAUUUACAAGAACCAAAUUAGGUUGUUUCUGUGAAAAUGAAUAUGCCAUUGACUGAUAAAAUACCUCCACCAACA